UCUCCUCGUCCUUAACCCUAGCCUACCUCCCCCCCCUCGUGCACUCCUCAUCCUCCAUCUUUCUCUCUCUCUCUCUAGAACAAACCUUGAAGCGAAACCAUGGCGGACACGCCGCUGAAGCGCCAAAGAGAAGAAGCGGAGGAGACCCACGUCGACGGUCAAGCGGAAGACCAAGCGAAGCGCCUCAAGCUGCCGCCGCCGCCGCCGCCGCCGCCGCCGUCGUGCCCCAGCAUCCUCUCCUUCCUCGACGACCAGCUGGACGACGGCCAGAUCUCCAGCCAGGACCUGUCCUCCCUCAUCUCCGCCCUCCAGGACGAGCUCGCCUCCUCCGAGUCCGACCCCGGCCUCCCCUCCGAGCCGGAGCUCGCGUCGCCUUCCUCCUCCUCCUCCUCCCCGGAGGAGGAGAGCGACGGCGACGAGGACAAGGAGAAGGUGUUCAGACACCUGCUCGUGGCCUCCGACGACGAGCUCGGCCUGCCCAGCAGGGAGGACGAAGGGGCGGAAGCGGGAACGGGCGGCGUGGAGUUCUUGUCUUACGACGGCCUCUGGGAGCUGGAAGACGAGGCCGCCAAUUACUACACCCUGUUGCAGUCCGAGCUCUUCAUGUAGGGGUCCAAUUUGCAAAGCAGGCUGUUCCGAGCGGGGGUGGAAGUGGAAAAAAAAAAAGUAGCGGAAGUGGGGUGGGGGGGUUGCUGCAAAGUGAAGGGAAAAAAAUUUGUUUCUUUCGUUUUGUGCACUCUGCCGUGGAUUAAGACUUAGUGUUAGGGAGGAAGCUGUUGGGAAACUCUAGAUUAGAAGACAAUGAACUGUGAAUGCACAAAGAGAUGAUUGAAAUUUGUUUAGCCAAGUUUAAAUGUGAAACAGCAAUUAGAAGCAUCAUUUUCAUGGUGGAAAA